GUUUGCUCUUCCGAGCCAGUCGCGGGCCGAUCGUUGAUCGUUCAGCAAACACGAGACUUCGAAAUGUUGAAAUCAAAAACCGUGCGCGUUCUGUCGAUCGUCUCGCUGUCACUGGCGAUGAUCGUUCGAUCGGAGGAGCAGCCGACGUGCACGCAGAUAACCGGGUACAAGGUGUGCGAGAAGAAGGGAACACUGGUGGACGUCAGCCAGCAGGAAUUCGAGGAGAGGCUGGAGAUUCACGACUUGAACCUGCUGGCCAUUCGAGAGAACGCUUUCAAGAACCUGACGACCACGAAGCUUAGCCUUGGUCUCGGCAACAGAAUUUCUGUGGUGGGCAGGGAGUCGUUCAGAGGUUUGGAGAGGUUGGAACGGCUGGACCUGGACAGCAACGUCGUGCCUCUGUCGCCGAAUCUGUUCUCCGAACUGAAGCAGCUGCACUCGCUGUCACUGAUCUUCAACAAGAUCGACACGAUACCGAAAGACUCGUUCGCCGGUCUGACGAACUUGAUGUGGCUCUACCUGGGGCACAACGACAUCGAGUCGAUCGGCAAGGACUCCUUCUCCGGGCUCUCCCCGUCGCUGACGUUCCUCUGGUUGAACGACAACAAGAUCACGAGCAUAGAGGCUGGAACUUUCAGUCAGAUGCCAGAAUUGACUCGCCUUCACUUGGAGAACAACAGACUGACUUCGAUUCAACCGGGAGUUCUACGAGGUUUGCACAAACUGGACGGCCUCUUUCUGGAAGAGAAUCAACUGACCAGCGUCUCGAGGAAUGAUUUCAAAGGGCUGAUCGACUUGAGGAUACUGAACCUGCAGCACAAUCAAAUAGCGAGCAUCGAGCCAGGAGCGUUCUCGGACCUGAGGCAAUUGGAACAGUUGGAUCUGAGGAAGAAUCGACUGAGCCACGUUAACUCUGACGUGUUCAACAGACUGUUUAGCUUGAAGAAGCUGGAUCUCUCGAGCAACGACAUCGCUACGACGGAGUCUGGCGCGUUUGCAGGCCUGCCGGCAUUGAAAAGCUUGAACCUCGCGAACAAUAAAUUGACUAACGUGGACAGAAAGGAUCUUGGAUUGACCAGUUUGACGAUUCUUUAUACGUAAGGUUGCGGUGAUCUUCGAUAUAUCUUGGAUAUUUGAACGCCGAGUUUGAAGAAUGUAGAAAUUGGUGGAACAAAGAAUUUAUGAGGUUGUAGAUUUUUAA